UUACAACAUUCUUAAUUUUUAAGUUUAAUCGUUUGCAGUUAUUAAUGUUAUUAUUUUUUAAAAAGAUAUGUAUUCCGUUUAUUCUUUUCCAGUUUUGGUAGCAUUUCUUUUAUACAUUGAAAAUCCAAACGAUAAAGACAUAUAUGAAAAUGAUGACUCCUCGAAAAUUAGCAUUCAAAAUGCGACAACGCAACAUACAUAUCCAAGUUCUAAUAAUUUAGAAAGUAUAAUCUAUAAAAAUGAAUCAGAAGAUAUAGAGUAUUCUUUAAUAAGAGAUCUUGGUUCCAACCAUUUUGUUUAUAAAGUUGAGUUGAAGAAUAAUACAGGCGUAAAAGUAAAUCACGUUUCUCAUGAUUCUGAAAAACGCUCUAACUUUAAAGAUCUACUUGCUGCACUCAAAUCAACUUCAUACCUUGUUGAACUAUUAGUGAUGUUCUUAAUCACUGAUUUUAUUAUUAUCUUUGGUUUGAUAACAGUCAAUAUUUUAGCGACUACAUUAAUACGUUACGUCAUGAAAAUCGUUAAUUGGUUACAUUUUCGUGUAAGCUCUAUUACGUAUUCUACUAUUUUUCCAGAAUCAACUUUAAGUCAUAACAAAGGUUUGGAUCGAGAAGUCUCUUUAUUUAAAGAAAUUGAAACAGCUAAUGAGCAGAGGUGUUCAUCUAUGAUUGAAACUAAAAAGUGUUCUCACGAUAUCAAAGAAAAACACGAUGACGCGCAUAUUUGCAGUUCUCCUGAAUGUUGCGAUGUACCUAACAAUUUAAACGCAUCAGACGGAGACAACUUUCCAUAUAGCUACAUUUUUGAAUCCCAUGACGACGACCUUCAUAGUACACCUUUAGAUUAUAGUUUAAGAAAAAAUAAAAUAUAUCAUUCAACUGCACCUUAUGAAUUUAGUCCAAAGAAACUAAAGCGAUAUCUGCGUGAAAAAUAUUUAGAGCUUGACAGACUCGGUAUUACAAUUGACGAGAACGGAUAUUUUCUUGAGGAAAAAAUGAACAUGGUGAUAUGAGAUAAUGAGCAAUAUAUCGCAAAAUAAAUUAGAUUUAUAUUUUUUGUAUAUGUACAUAAACAAAUAUAUUAACAAAUUUUUUAUAAACUUUCAUGUAUUUUUGUAUUAAAACAGUGAUUAAAAUAAGUCGUCAUGCUUGAGACUAAAAAUUUUA